AUGUAUCACUUCAACGGUUAUCGCACGACGAAGAAAGCCUCGUUCAGAAAAUGUCUGCGUGAAAUCUUUCAGUCAAUCCGAUCAAAAGUCAUAAGAGAAAUUUAUUUUAUGCUAACAAAUUUUGCAUUUGAAAAAAUAGGAGCAAGCUUUAAAAAGAAGCACAUGUUAGAGAAGUCGGAGAUACUGUUGUUAAUAGUAUCAGCAAUAAACAAAUCAAUUGCAAAUCAACUUGCCACCAUUUUGGAAAGCAGUUUUUUCAUUUUUAAUUUGCAUAAUUUUGUUGCCUCAAAAAUGAUUUUAUUAAAGACUGUUAACACCAAGAAACAACCAUUAUUUGUUUGCUAA